UGAGUCACUUAGGACCCUGGAGAGCGCCAGCUUGUGCAGUGGCGAAGCCCGGUCCGCAGUGAGCAUGUGCGAAGUGGGUCUGCUCUCUUUGGGCUCGGUUAGUUACUGAUAUAAACAGCUGGAGGUAUUCAAGUGCUGAGCUUAGAGACGAGCAGAGCUGCGAGAAGGAGGAUGCAGGAGGAUUACAGCUUCUGUAUACUGAAAUCUGGGUGGUAGAAGGAGGAUUAACGGAGCAGGGCACUGGGAGACGGAUUGAGCUGCUUUACAGAGCUGCAUUACAGUUUUCUGGUAAUAUUUCACUGGAUUUGCGGAGGACUUUGCCUCUCUCUCUCUCGAAUUGGAGUUCUGAUUACAUGCGCAACUAUAUAUGUAAGAUCUGGGGGACUCUGAAAUGUGAAGCGCUGCAACCAGGGCUGUGAAAUGUGACAUGUUGCUUGUGAUGGUCAGCAGCAAUAGUUCAAGGAUCCUUCAAAGCACCAAAGCACCCUGAAUACAGAGGAAUAUGGAUAUCCAUCCAACCGUGAUAGUGGAAGAAAACAUUUUUGAGAGAGGAAAGGUUCCGAGAUAAUGAGGUGGACCUGUGGGAGGAAUGAGUGAGAAGCCUAGCAGUGUGCUAAAGGCGUGAGGAGGCCAGGUUCACAGCAAGGGUAUGGCCAAACCUUUUUUCAGACCACAGAAGUUUCUUCGGAGGACCCAGUUUCUGCUUUUCUUCCUCACUGCAGCUUAUCUGAUGGCUGGUAGCCUCCUGCUACUGCAGCGAUCCCGCUUUGUCCUCCAGCAAGGUUUCCAUGGGGCCUCUGGGAACCAGGCCCUGCCAGUUGUGGACGCUUUGGCAGGUGCCGGGAGCGCAGAUACGAGACCUGUGCAAAACACUCACUUGACUCCUAAACUCCUAGUGAACAUGAAUACAUUCCAUGGACCAACACCGGACCAGAAGUAUGGGCCGCGGUGGCUGAUGUCCAGAAACUCUGAACUGAGGCAGUUACGAAGGAGGUGGUUCCUCCGGUUUGUAAACGAGCAAGAGCCAAUGCAAGCUGUGGGAAUGAAGAGGCUGAAACACACAUCCGAAAGCAAAGGCACUUACAUUGGAUGCUUCGGUGACGAUUCCAGGGAGAGGACUCUGAAAGGCGCUGUGUUUUAUGACUUGAGAAAAAUGACUAUUUCUCACUGCCAGGAUGCAUGCGCUGAGAGGGCUUACACCUAUGCUGGCUUGGAGUAUGGAGCCGAAUGCUAUUGUGGAAACAAGUUGCCCACGACUUUGGCAAAGCAGGAGGAGUGCAACAAUGAAUGCAAAGGAGAGAAAGGAACAAUGUGUGGAGGCAUCAACAGGCUAUCUGUUUAUCGUGUGGAGGAGCAGCCAUGGGCUGGACCAAAACGACGGCAGAAUAUUAUCUAUCGAGGGUGUUUCAGAGCACCAGAGAAUUUAACAAACACCUUGCCGGUCUCUUUGAUACACGCCAAUUUGACAGUGGAGAUGUGCUCCGAAUUUUGCUCCAAGAAAGAAUUCCCUUUGGCAGCCAUCAGAGGACCCCAGUGCCGCUGUGGCUUCCCAACAAUUCAUUUCCCGUUACGCAACAGUUCAGACAGCUUAUUCUGUAGCAGGUUGCAAAAUGGCAGCAGCACGGCUGAAGAGCCAAAGAGGGGGGACUAUCUCUUUGUCUAUCAAACUCCUGUCCAAGACACCCGCUGCACUGACCGGAUGUUUCUCCCCACCAAAUCCAAAGCGUUUGUGGCAUUGUCGAGCUUCCCUGGAGCUGGCAACACCUGGGCUCGUCAUUUGAUAGAACACGCUACAGGAUUCUACACAGGGAGCUACUAUUUUGAUGGAACCCUAUAUAAUAAAGGUUUUAAAGGGGAAAAGGAUCACUGGAGAAGCAGGAGAACUAUUUGUGUCAAAACUCACGAGAGUGGCCAAAAAGAAAUUGAAAUGUUUGACUCGGCCAUCUUAUUGAUACGGAAUCCAUACAAGUCGCUGGUGGCAGAAUUCAACCGGAAGUGUGCAGGACAUCUUGGGUAUGCCACAGAUCGCAACUGGAAAAGCAAAGAGUGGCCAGAUUUUGUAAACAGCUAUGCUUCCUGGUGGGCUUCUCAUGUGUUGGACUGGCUCAAAUAUGGCAAACAUCUCCUCGUCAUCCACUACGAAGACUUGAAGCAGGCCCUGCUCCCUAAUCUGAAAGAAAUGGUCAGCUUCCUGAACAUCACAGUGACGGAGGACCGCUUGCUCUGUGUUGAGAACAACCGAGAUGGGAACUUCAAGCGGUCAGGAGCCAGGCAGAAGGGAUUUGACCCGUUCACAGAGGAGAUGAAAAACAUGAUCAAUAAAUACAUUAUGAUGGUGGACAAAGCCCUGAGAGAGAGAAACUUUAUCGGGCUUCCAAAAGAGUAUUUGCCCAGAUGAUGUCAUAUGACCAGCUAGCUACAUUUUAAAACAAGAGAUCCUGAUAAUGAAAUUUUUUAAAAGGCCAGAAUUUUAUAGCAGUAAAAAGGCAAGAUUUGCACAGGGUCUGCUGAUGAUUGCAAAUUCUUGAGACUUGGACGCUCUUCAGGGGUACUAAGUGCUACAAAAGGCGAGCAAUGAAGGAUGGAAAUUGGGUUAUAAACCAAGGCAAAAGACAUUAGCAUCUCUGCCUCUGUGUGUCCUUUUCUCUAUAAAUGGCUACAAAUUUUAACACUUGUGUGCACUGCUAAAUAUGGGAAAUGUGUGUGAGGUGGGGUGGGGUGGGGGAGGCAGACAGUUCCUUUGUAUCCCCCUAACUGGUAUUUCUCAAGAGUAACUAUAACUUUUAUAACAGUUUUGGCAAUUCAAAUGUGCAGGUUACCCCCUUGCUUUGUUUUAAACUAACCAUGAUAAAUAUUUUUAGCAAAGUAGUUCGAGGGGGGGGGGAAGAGUUGUUUUCUCUGCCUUCUUCCUUUAUUUGUGAAUUUUAAAAACUGGGUCUUUUGUCCUCCACGAAAAGGACAUGUCUAGAGUGUUGUAAUCUAAAGUGGGGACAUUCCCGCCUCAAAAUUUUCAAUGAAAUGAAAUUGGGAGCAAUGAUUCCUCUUGCUUUUCCCACUGGAGAUGGCUGAAUGGAUAUCUAUCUCCAACAAAAUUCUACUCAGAGGAAACCCAUUGAUGUUAAUGGGCCUAAGUUAGUCAUUAAAAAAAUAAUAAUCACUGGGUCUACUUGGAAUAAGACUCAGUCAUUGAAUGCAACCCAUAUUCUUUAAACUAGGAUUCAUUUGAAUUCCAAAUUAUGCAUCUUGUUGGGUUUGGGGAUUUUAGAGGGCAAAGGCAUAGAAUUCUAGAAUUUGGCAGUGGUGAUGUUGCAUUAAUUUUUUUUAACUUGGGCAGAGUGUCUCUCAAAUUUUAAUUUCUAAAGAGAAAUGGGAAAAUCCAAAAUUGAAUUCAGUUUCGUCAGAUUUAUCAGAUUUGUGGAAAUAUUUACUAUAGCUGCAGCUUGCUCCAGCCCUGACAAUCUCUUACCAGCACGCCUUUGGUGAGCUCUGGCACGAAACGAGAGGCAACUAUGCAAUGAGAACAGGGUGGACUCUCAUUCAGCCAAAGGUUUUAAAGCAGAGAUUGGGUAACUAGGUAACUAGUGCAAUGGAUUCCCUGGAUUGGCAGAAAGUUUAGACUGCAUUAUCUUUGAGGUUCCUUCCCGCACUAUGAUUGCAACCAGCAACAAUAUUGUCCGAUGGUGGUGGUGGGGCAUAAGAUUGAAAUGGAGCUCCUAUGACAGGACAGAUCAGGGACCACACAGUGUGCCUUGUGACACUGCUUAAAGUGCAUACAAUAUUGUCUUACUUGCUAACCAAGAGGGAAAUGCCAGCAUGGAGUUUCCAUCACAAGUGAAACAUAAAAUGCGUAAUAUGGGUGUGUGUGGGAGACUGACAUGUCUAACUUUCAACCACAGUGGUUUGGAGGAGGGAUAAAUAAAUAUAAGCAAAAACCACAUGGAGGAAUAUGCAUGCCUUUUUGUAUAGCAUUGCAGAAAAUUCAUCUGAUCCUAUUUGUCUGCAGUUUAGCAGGUUUGUUACCCAGAGACACGUCUCUCAUGUCAGCAGACUAUCAAGGGUCCAUCAAGUUGGAAAUCCUGUUGCCCAGGAGGGCCGACCAGAUGCCUUCAGGAAGCCCCCCCCCCAGGAGGGCUGGAAGCUUGGCUUGACCUCUGUCCAAAUAAGCACACCAUUUUCACUUUGUACACACACAAACACACACACUUGGGUGGGCAUGACUUAUUCUGGAUGACAAAUCAUCCAAAUUACUCUGAAGUGAUUUUCAGUUGUGAAGUUUCCUAUUAAUUAAUUAAUAAAUAUAAAUAUUAAUAAUUUAUUUUUAUUUUAUUUUAUUUAUACCCUGCCCUCCCCGGCCAAGACUGGGCUCAGGGUGGCUAACACUGAAUAGAAAUACAGUAAAAAUAUUACAAAAGAAAACAAAAGAAAAACACAGUUGAUUAAAAUAUAAGUUAGAAUACAGUUUAAAAUGCAGCUUAAAAUGCAGCCUCAAUUUAGUGGUAGCCUAUAGAUCAAAGCCAUAAGGGGAGAAAACGUCAAAUAUUCACCGGGGCCAGCUAUCCAUGCUGGUCCUACAUGGGCCAGCAAAAAGAGCCGAGGGAAAAUUUAUAUACAAAUCCCAUAUAAGCGGUUCCAUAUAAAUAUAAAUAAUAUAAAUAUAAAUAUA